UUCGAGAUUUGUCAUUUGUGAUUUUGCUUGCUUGAAGGUCGGUCGGUUGCUCCAUUCGACAACAACAACAAUAAUGCAUUCGGCUACUGGUGAUAGACAAUUUGAUGCUGAAAGUUCAUCAGUUGCAUCAUCAUCGGAUGGUAUUAUCAAUAAAAAAACAAAAUGGCAAAAAAUUCAAGGAAAUCUCGAAGAUUUCUGGAUUACCAAACAAAUUCUACCGAAAGAUGCGGACAAAACCAAGGUGGUGAAAACAACUUUGCGUGAAUUGUUGACAUAUAUGGCAUUUUUGAUAACAAUUACUUACAUCACAUUUUCAAUGAUGAAUCCAACAAUGUAUUAUCAGACAAAAAUCAUGUCGAAUCUAUUUUUGGAUCAAGCGGAUUCGAAAGGAAUAACAUUUCGUACGGCAACACAGAUGGAUCAUUUUUGGGAUUUUGUUGAAGGUCCAUUGAUUCAAGGCCUGUAUUGGGAUAAAUGGUAUAAUAAUCAAUCGGCAGAUAGUACAACAUUCAAAUCAAUUUUGUAUGAAAAUUAUUUGCUUGGUGCACCACGUAUGAGACAAAUACGUGUCCGUAACGAUUCCUGUGAAAUACAUAAAGAUUUUCAACGUGCAAUAUUUUCUUGUUAUAAUCAUUAUUCAAAAAUUUAUGAAGAUCGUCAAGCUAUUCAUGAAAAAAUUUUACCCGAAUUUCAAUGGCAAGAAAUUCGUUCAUUUGCUAAAAAUGAUGUUUGGGGACAAUUAUCCACCUACUCGGGUGAAGGUGGCUAUAUUGUGAAUCUUUCCUUAAACCGAACAAUAGCCAUGAAAACUAUUGAAAAACUUAAAGAAUUUUUAUGGAUUGAUCGUGGUACACGUGCAGUAUUGAUUGAUUUUACCACAUAUAAUCCAAAUAUAAAUCUUUAUGUUGUAACAAAAUUGAUUGCCGAAUUUCCAGCUACAGGUGGAAUGUUUACCUCAUGGCAAUUUCGUACAUUGAAUCUUCUGGAGAAUAGUUCACAAUCGCAAAUUGGUCUUUAUGUUUGUUUCGUAUUGUUUUUACUGUUUAUCAUUUACUAUACGAUUGAAGAGUUUUUCGAAAUUACUGCACUUGGUUUCAUACCAUAUCUUCGAUCAAGUGGUUGGAAUUAUCUGGAUCUUUUCAUCAUUCUUAUAUCGUUGGCAUUAGUUUUCUUUUUGGUUUGUCGUAAAUAUAUUAUAACCAAAAUUUUCGAUGAAGCAACAAUCACGGAAGACUUGCAAACUGAACAUUAUGGUGAUUCGAAUAUGAUGAUCGAAUCGAUGAACGAAUUCAAUAAUCGAACUGGCCACGCGCUUCAAAUCGAUACCUAUCAAUUUGAUACAUUGGGAUUUUGGUCAGCACAAUUUAGCAAUAUUCUGGCUGUACUAUCAUUCGUAUCAUGGAUUAAAAUUUUCAAAUAUAUUAGCUUCAAUAAAACUAUGUCACAGCUAAGUUCAACCCUUAGUCGUUGCGCCAAAGAUAUUGCCGGUUUUGGCUUGAUGUUUUUCAUCGUAUUUUUUGCAUUUGCCCAACUUGGUUACUUGCUUUUUGGUACCCAAGUUAAGGAUUAUAGUUCAUUCGGUCGGGCUGUUUUCACACUGUUGCGCUUGAUUCUUGGUGAUUUUGAUUUUCAAUCAAUCGAAAAUGCUAAUCGUGUUUUGGGACCAAUAUUUUUCUUGAGCUACAUCUUCUUUGUGUUUUUCGUAUUGAUGAACAUGUUUUUGGCUAUCAUCAACGAUACAUAUGCCGAGGUGAAAUCAGAAUUAAAAGAUGAUGAAGAAUUUGCUAUGAUGGAUUAUUUCAAAGCAAUUUCAAAUCAAAUCCUUCAUAAACUUGGUACACAAAAGGAACAAAUUGAAGAAAUUCAACAGGCAAUUCGAGAAUCUGGAUUUGAUGGUCAACGCCGUGUUAGCUUUGCAACCAUACGACAAGAACUGAAAAAACGUAAUCUAAGCGAUCAGGAAAUUGAAAUGUUAUUUGCAAAAUAUGAUAUUGAUCAGAAUCGUGAAUUGGAUGAAAAAGAAUUGCAUGCAAUGUUUGAAGAUCUGGAAGGUAAAAAGAAAUCAAUUGAAAAAGAAAUGGAAGAAAAUAAAAAUAAACGUCGUGAUUCAUUGAUAAGUAUGGCACACGGUGCUCGACAUCUGCCGCCACAAUUUGAUUUUGGAAAAGUAUCCAAACGUGUUGAUCGUAUGGAGUAUGUUCUCGCUACCAUUUCGAAUAAAAUUGAUUCACUUUUUGCUAAUCGCAUCGAAAAUGAGAAUUAACAUUAACAUUUUUGUUAUUUUUCAAAAACAGAUUUUAAGUAGAUUUUUUAGUAGUCAAAUUCAUCAUUAAUCUUAUUGAAAUGCAAAAAAAGAAA